AUGUGCUUCAACUGGUGCUGGCCAUUCACCGAGUACGAGGUGGAGGACGACGAAAAGGGCCGCGAGAAGUGCCAGAUCACUCACAAGCACACCCAUACGCGCCGCCGAUAUCGCCAUCGAGGCCGCUAUUACAGCACAGCAUGCCCGGUGUGCCAGCAAUGCUCAUGUCGAUUCUGUCAGCCUCACCAGUGCCAGCCGCUCUCAACCAUCGGACCGAGAUAUAUCGGCCCAGUAGAGAUGACAAUGGCCAUCGCUGCCCCUCCACGCGUCCGAACUUCCAACCUCAAAUCCCAAGCACAGUCCGAGGCCCCUGGGUUCACACAUUUGUUCCGCCUGCUUCAAGGAUGUCUUGCUUCAACAGCUCAACCCACACUUGCGGGUGCGGCUGUGUCAAGACCAAGGUCAAAGGGCCUACUUGUGUAUGGUCUCCCUGGCCUACCAGAGUCACAUCCUCACCACCUCUCUAUUGUGGACCUCCCUCUGGAGGAUGUGGAUGUCCCAUCGGGAAUGGCAUCCAGCAGCUGGGCAACCAAGGAGGGCCAAUCAUUAUCAACAAUGGGCCAGUUGCCACUGGCGGUUAUCUUCACCAGGGCCAGGGCUGCGGCCAUGGCGGAAUUGCAACAAUACGGAAGUCGAUUCGGACCAACUCAAACCGGCGGGUUCAUUCAAUACCCAGGCGGACAAAGAUUUCUUUGCCCACCGCAGGGGCCGAUGUGGAACGGCCAGCAGUGGGUCACGAAUGGUCCGACCAAAGCUGAGCAUAUAGCUGCUAUGAAAGACAAGGCUGAUACGCGUCCUCAGGAGCUGGUCCCUGCUGAUCCCGACAUCUCACGCAUGUAUGAGGUUCAAGAAUUAGAUGGCAACUGGACUCGUCGCAGCCGUUACACAAUUGACAGCAAAGACAUUGGCCAGGUUCGAUGGUAUCAGCGCCCAGACGGCACCUUCUUUGCCAAGCGUCUCCCAUCUGGCUAG